AUGGCAGCUGAUGCAUCCAACCAGGCUAAACGUGCCGCAUCAGCCGACAUGGAAGAUAUUGCCCAGGAAGUGCAAUUGCUAUCAGAGAAAACCCUCCAAGAUAUCGUCAAAGGUCCAUUGGUGAAAUUCACGUUAACAAGCCAAGACAUCGAAAAAGUGAACCGGGUAUGGCAGUCAUUGAUUCAAACCUUAUCGACGGCAUCUCUUUCGCCAGCUCAUUCUGGCGCAGCAUGCAAUGCAACCUCUGCCUUUAUUGAUGCAGCCGCAAAGUCCAAAUGCGAUGCAACCAGACAGUUGGUACUAUCACAAGAGACAUGGUUGACUGUGUUUGACAUCGGCUUGAAUCUUUAUGAAGAUGCCAAACCAAAGUCUAUUAAGCUUAUCUUGACUUCACUCACUGCUCUGCUUGCAAAAGGUCACCAAGGAGCAUCGAGGACAGCAAUACAAACUGCGGCCACUGAUGUGAUUGUGCCUAAUAUUGUGCUUGGCGAGCCCCAAUCACGCUUGAAGGGAUGCUUAGUGUUCCUGGAGACUUUCAUUAGAAGAGAUGCCAUCUUACCAACCGAGUUUAUCCAAUUGGCUCGUGAGUGGCUCUCCAAGAACAAGGAAAAAUGGAGUUCUACUCUCGCCAAGGAUCAAGACGCAUUAUCUUCGGAUGAGAUUGCGUCUGGCAACUUGUCGGAUGAAUUAGCCGCCAAAAUUAUCGUUCAACGACUUUUGGUGCAAACGAACAACAAAGCAACAGCUGUUCCUGCUGGUAAUGUACUAGCGAUUUUGAUUCAGAAGAUGAAGGCCGAAACUUCCCCAGAGAAGCUGUCAGACAUGUGGGUGAUUCCAGCCAGACGCCUAAUAUCGAGGCACGUGGAAACGUUAGAAGAUCUCUCUAACCGCAUUUUGGAACCUUUGUUCACCGUUGAUCCAAACGGAUUCAAGAUUUUCCUUGAAACUCUCCCUGUCAAGAGUCUUCUUGAGGGUGAUAUGACUGAUGCGCCUGAAGCUGAGUAUAUGGUUCUUUUCGCCGCCUUGCAGGUUGGCAAAAAGGUUAACCUGGUCCAUGAAGAUUAUGUCUUUGAUUCCGGCAAAUUGAAAAUUGACAGCAAAGAUAUCCUGAUUUUGAAAAGCGAGGUGAUCGGUAAAUUCCUUCUUCACCGCGAACCCAGCAUUCGUACAGCGGCGCUCUCGCUGCUGAUCACCUCAUCCUCCACAAUCAAACCAUUCACAGUUGGAGCAACGAAAGCGAUCCUUCGCGGACUCCCCUCUAUGCACGCCGAAUCUGAGGCACAUAGCCGAGGAGAAAUCUUCAGCAUGACCCGGAGGUUCAUCUUACGUCUCAAGGGUGGCAUUGUGAGAGAGGAAGACGCAGGCUUGAAGAUCGAAAAGACAGUCAACAAGCCCGCUACAGGCCAAGCCAGAAAUGAAACCGAGACAAAGGACUUCUUGAAGGCCUACUUGAAUUUCUUGCAAAACGACCUACCUCUGAGUGCUUCCUAUGCCCGCCACAUCACGGCCCUCAAGUCAUUGAAACUUUUGAUCGAUUCCGGUCUUGACCCGCGGACCAAUAUCAAGCUUCAAAAAUCAGAGAUGGAAAACCUGUGGAAGGUUCAAGUGGAGGUAUUUGAUGCUAAGCUACUCCGUCUUUUGGUUGAUCUCCUACUGGAUCCAUUUGAGGAAGUGAGGCAGACUUCCCUCAUAAUCUUGAAUUCCUGCCCCAGGGAUGUUUUGCUUGAUUGCCUGCAAAACACAUCCAAUGUAGGCAUGCGGUUGACAGAUGCACUAACCCGAGCAGAGAGCCUGGCAAGCAAUACGAGUAGAGCUGAUCAUGCUGACACUGUUGCUCGGUUGUAUCAUAUCAUCUUUUGCGCCGCAUUGCCUGGAAACUCGGGCCAAGCAGGUUCGGAGUGGUGGUCAACCAAGGCAUCAGUGGUUGAUACAAUCUUGACAAAACUGGAGGACCGUCUCCUGGGUCCAAAGAGCCUGUUCAACUCCGUUAUGCGCGAGGCGCCACUCCAUGGUUAUACUUCUGGACUCAAAUAUAUUGUACUCAUGCCGAAUUUCCAUUCUUUGAUUUCCGACGAUUCGGAAUCCACCGCUUGGCGCUCUGUGCAUGAUCGAAUUGACGCCGUUUGCGAUAAGAUCUGGCAGCAGGCAAAGCAUUUGCUGUGCAUUGACUCACCUGAGGGUCACUCAGAUGAGCCCCUUGAGGACCUAAACGUUGGACCUAAAGACGUCCUUUCGUAUUCGUGGAGAUCCCUCCGAGAAUCAAGCAUUUUGCUACAUGCAACUCUGGCGAACACUAGCUACGGACCGAAUGGAAGUUCCGGGCUCAACCGUGCCGAUUUUGCGAAGAUCGGAGGAGCGAGUUUCACUCAGCUUGCCGAACUUCGACAUCGAGGUGCAUUUACCAACGUUUCACAAACAUUUGCCACUUGUUGCCAGCGAUGUAGCUCUUCAAAAGACCCUGCUAUUCGUGAACUUCCUCGAGGCUGGUACCAGGAAGCCAAAUCGACCAUUUUCGACUCGGCAUCCAAGCUUACUCGCCGCUCCGCUGGCAUACCCGCGUUGGUGACAGGUAUUGUUGGCUCUGAUCCUGGAACACCAUUCUUCAACGCAGCAUUGAACGAGCUUCAUGAAAUUUCAUACCUUCCUGUGGAGUACGACAAGGAAAAACAGUACCUGGAAUUGCCUCAAGUUCAUGCCAUGAACUGUCUCAAGGACAUUUUCACCAAUAACAAACUUGGCCUAUAUACCGAACCCUUCAUCAUGAAGGCGUUGACGCUCUCUGCUGACCGCCUGGGAUCGCCAAUCUGGGCGCUUCGUAAUUCUGGACUGAUGCUGUUCCGUGCGCUGCUGACAAAGAUGUGUCGAGUUAUCCUGGGCGCCGGACCUGGCUUUGGAGGCAUCUCAGGCUCAGAGCCGGGCGCAAGAAUUACUUUCCCUAAGUACCCCGGUCUUCUAGAGCUGCUUUCUCGCCUCUUGUCAACUACCCAAGGCGAAGCGGCAGAGGGAACAGACAUCAUCACCGAGCGAAUUUUCCCUGCCCUUGAAUUGGUCGGUGACAAAGUUCCCAGCCUGGAUGAUUCCACCGAUGAGAUGCUUCGCAAGCUGGUUCUUCAGCACAUCGGCAGUCCUGUGUGGGGUGUUAGAGAGCACGCCGCUCGUGUCUAUGCGUCAUUGCUUACUCGGCACCGCAUUCCAGAUGCUCUGCGUGCCCUCGCUGUCCUUCCUCCGAAGGUCACUGAGAAUUAUGUUCAUGGUGUCGCUCUAACUGUGCGCUAUGCCCUUCGUCGAUAUGCUGCCACUACUGAUGACUUUUGGAUGGGAAAUAUUGACGGUCUCUUCGAAACUUUACGUACCUUGUUGGACGUCCUCUUCCGUGCUGGAAGAUCGCCAACAGUGGCUACCGAGCUAGUUGAAAUUCUGAACGCUACGCUGGAACGAGCGGUUCAAGCGCAAAGUGAAGACAAAAUAGUCCCUUUUAUCAACGAGAUGUUCGAAGCUCACGACCUCCACGGUGUUCAGGCGUUUGUUUUCGAUGCUUCACGCGUUUCGUGGAACCUCUCAAGCACCACGCGAGCAUGCGCCCUGCUCAGAAGAGCGCUUGCCUGGUGCACUACAUUGAAAAUGCUGGGUUCUCAACAAUGGGAGCAACUUCCAGAAUUCUAUAACGGGGUCUCUGAAUAUGAUGCGGAUGUCGCUCGUUGGGUAUCCGAGAAACUUCAUGAGACCAUUGGCGAAGACGCGAGAUAUAGAAAGCCACUAGCUGAGUUAUACUCAUCCAUAAUACUGGGAGCUGCCCGACCGGACGUGAGAACAAUGGCCGCUUCGAAUUUGGCCUCUAUCUUGGAAAACCUACUGUCAUCUCAAUCCAAUGCUCUAUCAAGCAUUGGUCUUCCCUGGGAAGCCAUUAUGGAUGCCUUCAAGCCCGAGAAAGACGUUGAAAUUUGGAACCGAGAGGCAACCGACGCGGAGCUUCGCCUGAGCGGCUGUUUACUGGCUAUUCGGCUGUCUUUGGGAUAUCAGAAAGCUUCGUCCUCCUUUGAGAGUGAUAUCUGCAGUCUGACCAUCAAGCUUCGGUCUGCCUUGAGCGAGGAAACGGAGUUCACUACUCGUUUCGCUGCAGUCACCUCUGUCGCCAGUCUUUCACGGGCUAUUCGACCGGUCGGGGGUCAGCUACGCGUCGACGCAGUCCUCCUGGACGUCUACCUGGUCUUGUACGAUAUGUUAAAUGACGACGAUGAUGAGAUUCGUGAUGCAGCGGCAUCAACAGCGUCCUGGGUUUUGUCACGCUCUUCCGUCUCACCUGACGCCGAUGUCACACUAGCGCCUCUGAACGCCAGCGCCCUUCUUGCCGAGUUCAUCGUCAAUAGUUAUUCAGAAUCCCCAGUUCUCAGACAUCGAGUGCUGCUUUACUUGACUGGCCAAGAGCCAAGGAUCAGUGGUUCCGAUGAGCCCAAGUGUCUUGUUGCUGUGUCCGACUUGAUCGCCGAGUAUCGACAACAAAGCACUGUAUUGUUCGAGGAGGAGAAACAAAACUUGUUUAUCGAUGAUGUACGCGAGGUAGACAUUUGGUCUCGAGCCCUGAUGCGAUUGCAACAGUCGGCUUACCAAGAGUCUCCUGUACAUGAAAUAUUCUCCUGGGCCCAUGAGGGCUUAGUAUACUUGCGCUCCCUUGUCGCCCCUGGUACACAAUCAGAUGGUCUUUUAGGCUGGGUAUCGAAACCCGAGAUCUUUAGCUUGGGAUUGCGUGUUAUUUGCAUUGCCUCUGCAUUGGACUCCAAGAGCUUCGUGGGAAGCUCACUGGACGAUACCCAGGAAUUGCUCAAGCAACUUCUACAUUUAGGUGAAGGUGCAUCAGUUCAUGGGCAUUGGUUGGCCAGAAUUUCAGAUGCCCUACGAUGA